CGAUCUAGGCUCACUGCAACUACCGCCUCCGGGCUCAAGUCAUCCUCCCACCUCCGCCUCCCAAGUACCUGGGACUAUACUGACCAGGCUCCCAUUUUCCAAUUGAGUGCUCCCUUUCCCUUGUUUUUUCCCUUUCUUCCUCCCAGCGCAGCUCAUCUCUCAAAGCCUGUGAAUGCUGCCGGUGGGGUGGACAGAGGAACAGUUUGGAGAUGGUGUCAAGAGGUACUUCUCAGCCCUCCAGCUCCUACUGAGAACACAGCCAGUCAGGAAGUCCCUACUUCAGGAACACCAACCAAUCAGGGGGCCGUCACCUGCUGAAGGUGCGGAAUUCGUCUCCUGACGCGACAGUCUCCUGGGCCAAUCAGAGGCAGCUCAGGAACCCGUCGGCGGCUGUUGUAGCGGGAGCCUGAUCGCGAUGGGGACAAAGGCGCAAGCCGACAGGAAACUGUUGCACCUCUUCAUAUUGGCGAUCCUGUUGUGCCCCCUGGCAUUGGGCAGUGUUACAGUGCACUCUUCUGAACCUGAAGUCAGAAUUCCUGAGAAUAAUCCUGUGAAGUUGUCCUGUGCCUACUCGGGCUUUUCUUCUCCCCGUGUGGAGUGGAAGUUUGACCAAGGAGACACCACCAAACUCGUUUGCUAUAAUAACAAGAUCACAGCUUCCUAUGAGGACCGAGUGACCUUCUUGCCAAGUGGUAUCACCUUCAAGUCCGUGACACGGGAGGACACCGGGACAUAUACUUGUAUGGUCUCUGAGGAAGGUGGCAACAACUAUGGGGAGGUCAAGGUCAAGCUCAUCGUGCUUGUGCCUCCAUCCAAGCCUACAGUUAGCAUCCCCUCCUCUGCCACCAUUGGGAACCGGGCAGUGCUGACAUGCUCAGAAAAAGAUGGUUCCCCACCUUCUGAAUACACCUGGUUCAAAGAUGGGAUUGUGAUGCCUACGAAUCCCAAGAGUACCCGUGCCUUCAGCAACUCUUCCUAUGUCCUGAAUCCCACAACAGGAGAGCUGGUCUUUGAUCCCCUGUCAGCCUCUGAUACUGGAGAAUAUAGCUGUGAGGCACGGAAUGGGUAUGGGACACCCAUGACAUCAAAUGCUGUGCGCAUGGAAGCUGUGGAGCGGAAUGUGGGGGUCAUCGUGGCAGCCGUCCUUGUAACCCUGAUUCUCCUGGGAAUCUUGAUUUUUGGCAUCUGGUUUGCCUAUAGCCGAGGCCACUUUGACAGAACAAAGAAAGGGACUUCGAGUAAGAAGGUGAUUUACAGCCAGCCUAGUGCUCGAAGUGAAGGGGAAUUCAAACAGACCUCGUCAUUCCUGGUGUGAGCCUGGUUGGGCUCACCGCCUGUCAUCUGCACUUGCCUCACUCAGGUGCUACCGGACUCUGGCCCCUGAUGUCUGUAGUUUCACAGGAUGCCUUAUUUGUCUUCUACACCCCACACGGCCCCCUACUUCUUAGGAUGUGUUUUUAAUAAUGUCAACUAUGUGUCCCUUCCUCCUUCAUUCUCUCCCUUCCUUUCCUACCACUGCUGAGUGGCCUGGAACUUGUUUAAAGUGUUUAUUCCCCAUUUCUGUGAGGGAUCAGGCAGGAAUCCUGGGUAUGCCAUUGACUUCCCUUCUAAACAGCAAAAAUGGUGGGGCUCCCAGGAAUCUGCACUCAACUGCCCACCUGGCCGGCAGGGAUCUUUAAAUAGGGAUCUUGAGCUUGGUUCUGGGCUCUUUCCUUGUGUACUGAGGACCGGGGCCAGCUGUUCUAGAGUAGGGAUUAGAGGCUAGAGCAGCUGAAAUGGUUGUUUGGUGAUGACACUGGGGUCCUUCCAUCUCUGGGGCCCACUCUGUUCUGUCUUCCCAUGGGAAGUCCCUCUGCCCUGUCCUCCUCUUGAAUACAAGCCGACUGACAUUGACUGUGUCUGUGGAAAAUGGGAGCUCUUGUUGUGGAGAGCAUAGUAAAUUUUCAGAGAACGUGAAGUGAAAAAUAUUUAAAACCACUGCUCUAAAGAAAAGAAAACUGGAGGCUGGGUGUGGUGGCUCACGCCUAUAAUCCCAGAGGCCGAGGCAGGUGGAUCAUCUGAGGUCAGGAGUUCAAAAUCAGUCUGACCAACAUGGAGAAACCCUACUAAAAAUACAAAAUGAGCCAGGCAUGGUGGUACAUGCCUGUAAUCCCAGCUGCUCGGGAGCCUGGUAACAAAAGCGAAACUCUAUCUCAAAAAAAAAAAAAAAAAAAAGGGAAAGAAAGAAUAGAAAAGAAAGCUGGAGCUGGUAGCUCAGGCCAUCACCCUUCCCUUGGCUGGAACUAUUGGACAGACCCUUUUGAGAUGUGCUCGUGGUGCUAUGGAGAUGUGUGUAGUGGUCUUAGCUCUUUGUUGAGCCUGUGUGUGUGUUGUGCGGUCUUAGCUGUAUGCUGAAAUUGGGUGUGUGUUGGAGGGCUUCUUAGCUCUUUGGUGAGAUUGUAUUUCUAUGUGUUUCUAUCAGCUGGAUGUUGCUGGAAAUAAAACCUUGGUUUGUCAAGGCUCUUUUUGUGGGAAGUAAGUAGGGGAAAAAGUCUUUGAGAGUUCCUGGGCUCCUUUGUACAACAGGAAAAUGCCUCAAAGCCUUGCUUCCCAGCAACCUGGGGCUGGUUCCCAGUGCCUGGUCCUGCCCCUUCCGGGUUCUUAUCUCAAGGCAGAGCUUCUGAAUUUCAGGCCCUCAUUCCAGAGCCCUCUUGUGGCCAGGCCUUCCUUUGCUGGAGGAAGGUACUCAGGGUGAAGCUGAUGCUGUACUUGGGGGAUCUCCUUGGCCUGUUCCACCAAGUGAGAGGAGAAAGUACUUACUCUUGUACCUCCUGUCCAGCCAGGUACAUUAACAGACCUCCCUAUGGCUGUAGGAACUACUGUCCCAGAGCUGAGGCGGGGGGAUUUCUCAGGUCAUUUGGAGAACAAGUGCUUUAGUAGUAGUUUAAAGUAGUAACUGCUACUAUAUUUAGUGGGGUGGAGUUCAGAAGAAAUUUGAAGACCAGAUCAUGGGUGGUCUGCAUGUGAAUAAACGCGAAUGAGCAGGACAGGCCUGGCUAUCAUUGCUUUCCUCCUCCCCAUUUGGACCCUUUGCCCUUACAUUUUUGUUUCUGCAUCUACCACCAUCCCACCAGUCUAUUAACUUAGCAAGAGGACAAAUAAAGGGCCCUCUUGGCUUGAUUUUGCUUCUUUCUUUCUGUGGAGGAUAUACUGAGUGCCACUUUGCCCUAUCCUAUUUGGAAAUCCCUAACAACUGAGUUUUCUAUUAAGGAUCCAAAAAGAAAAACAAAAUGCUAAUGAAGCUAUCGGUUAAGGGUCACAUGCCAAUAAAAAAUAAAUUUUCCAGAAGAAAUGAAAUCCAACUAGACAAAGCAGAGCUUAUGAAAUGGUUCAGUAAGGAUGAGUUUUUUUUUUUUUUUUUUUUUUUUAAGACGGAGUCUCACUCUGUCACCCAGGCUGGAGUGCAGUGGUGUGAUCACCCGUCUUCCAGGUUCAAGCCAUUCUCCUGCCUCAGUCUCCUGAGUAGCUGGGAUUACAGGUGCAUGCCACCAUGCCUGGCUAAUUUUUGUGUUUUUAGUAGAGACAGGGUUUCACCAUGUUGGUCCAGCUGGUCUCAAACUCCUGACCUCUUGAUCCGCCUGCCUCGGCCUCCCAAAGUGGUGGGAUUACAGGUGUGAGCCACCGUGCAUAGCCAAGGAUGAGAUUUUUAAAGUAUGUUUCAGUUCUGUGUCAUGGUUGGAAGAGACAGUAGAAGGGAUAUGGAAAAGGUCAUGGGGAAGCAGAGGUGAUUCAUGGCUCUGUGAAUUUGAGGUGAAUGGUUCCUUGUUGUCUAGGUCACUGGUGAAGAAUGAGUCAGUUAUUACCAGCCUUGGAAUUUACUUCUAUAGCUUACAACAGACCUUUAGAACUGGAAAACACCUUGUCUGCAUUCACUUUAAAAUGUCAAAACUAAUUUUUGUAAUAAAUGUUUAUUUUUCACAUUGA